GAUGGCAGUAAUGCAACACAGAUGGAUGCCAGCUGCCGUAAAGCUAAAAAGAAGAAGAAGAAGGGACGCGACGAUAGUGGGCCAUGACUGCGCACGCGCAGCUUUCCGAGCGGCACAAACAAAGGCGAACGUGGCAAAUGGAACCAGGACUCAUAGCGCCGCAUGGAGGCGGUGCUGAAGAACUUAUCGAGCACGGUCGAGUUGCUGGCGGUGGCGGCGAGGAGCGGUGACGUCAUUCACUGGGACGCGCACACUCUCUCCCGCGCUUUUCACUGGGCCUGCUACUGCGAACACCUUUUUUCCAGGUAUCACCACAACCCCAAAAUAAGGGAGGUCAUGGAGGUGCAAUUACAGCACACUAAUAGCGGUUUGCGAGCUGUCUAUGGCGAAUACGCUGAUCUGUCCUUUCUGGACCUGUCCCAAUGCCAGCACUUGUUACUAAAAGGGCUCUUAAACAACCCUAAACUUCCUCUCGCCAUCAUGAAGAUACUUUUUGACACUAAAGCACCAGAACACGGUAAACCAGGAGACUAUCCAGAUGUCACCGGCCUUGGCAGCCACAUCAUUCAGUGCAAGUCUGCUGGCCAAAUCUUAAAUCUGCUCUCAGACCAGUCAGCUGUAGGAGCCGAUGAAAAAGUGCAGGCGUCCAUGUUGAUGGAGAACCUGCACGCACUGCUUGGUUGCGGCGUCCAUACUUGCUGGGCGCAGCGUUUUCUCGACUCGCUCCUCCAGGGAUGCAAAGAAGCAGAACAUUUAUGUCUGGUCCUCUCUGCCGCUUUGCUGACAGGAGGAAACACACAUGCACAGACUACCUCAGUGGAUUUUCUCCUGGACUGGAUCCAGCAAAAACACAGCUUGCUGCGACACAUUUGCUUUAAGCUGCCCCCUUCGCUCGUUAAAGACCUGGCUAAAAGACACGUCAAGUUCAGAGACACUUACUGCGCCGUUCUUAAAGAGCAGGCUGGUGGUAUGGAGUACUGCAUCAAUGCUGGAGAAUGGGUGCAAAGCAGUGCAAAUCCUAAAGUAUCUUUUCAGGAAUUGACUGAACACUUUGUGACGUUGCUUAAAGCAUGUCCAUCCUGGAGGAGCACUGUGGAAAAAGAGCUGAAUGAAUUGAAAAUAUCUGAUGGAGACUUUGAUGUCAGAGGACUGAGUGUUUGGGGAGACCUGUUAGAAGAAAUACACAAAGUUCAGUCAGAUGCAGAUGGAUAAUAUUAUCAUUUUCUACACAUUGAGUCAAUAUUUUAAUGCCUUUCUGUAGCAGAAAGUGACAAAAUCUUAAUAAAUAACACCAAUGUACUCAAUUAGUUCAAAUGAAGGUGAAAUAAACCUGAUUUUAAAAUG